UCUGUUGUGGUUAUUCGUGUGUAAACAAUUGAGUUGCUAGCAGUCUUUAUAAUCUCUUAGCUGGCUAAUUAUUCACACAGUUUGUAGAUACACAAUUGGAACAACAUUUUUAUUUCUUGCACGUUUAAGGUUAGAUUUGUAUUUGCACGUCGUAGUUUUUUUUGCACUUUACUACAACGACAUUCGUUUCGGCUUGCUAGCUUUUUGUUCUGCAGCAGUACGGCUUUGAAGCCGGUUUAGCUACUAUAGAUAGUUAACGUGACCCGUGACCCGAUUCUCGUCAUCUCUUCUGAUUACGUGAUUGUUGUCCGUCAAUAGAUCAGAAAAUCCUGAAAAUAUUAUAUCAUAGUGGCCACUUUUCUUUGAUAUUAGUUCGGUUUGGUCAACCUUUGAAAACUUACGUUAGCCGUUCUUGUCGGCUUCACAGUCAGCGGUCGCCGGUUUUGAGCCCAUUAUGGACCUUCACAAGAUAAUCCACGAUACCCUGCAGGAGUUCAUUCAGACAUGCAUUCCCGAAGCAGACCUGAGUUCUCUGGAUGAUGUGUUGCUUCCCUACAUCACUGGAGUCCUGGAGGAUCUGGGAUCUCGGGAGAGCGUGGAGGAGAACUUUGACGUGGAGGUCUUUGUAGAAAUGCUGGAGGCCUACAUUCCUGGCUUUGCUGAAAUUGACAGUGUUAACGUUUGUGAUAUGAUGUUCAGCCUGGCUUCAAAACUAGCCACAGCCCGGAGUUCAGAAAAUAGUGUGCCAAAGGCUAGAAUGGAGGUCCCACUGACAGUCAGCGCUACCUCCACUGGGCCUCCUGUGAGGGAGAUGCACUGCCUUACUACACAGACUGAGGGGGCCACCGCCAAGGUGCCAUUCCCUGAGUGGGAGGCCCAGGAGCCACUCCUUCUGGAGAUGUUCCCCAAGUGCAGACUAUCAGAGGCCAGGAGUGCGUUGUCCAUUGCUAAAGGUGACAUGGAGGAGGCUGUCCGCCUCAUCAUCGAAGGAGACAUCCAGCUCAGCCACACACCUCUAAACGUAAACCAUGGGAAGAUGGGUUCCCCUCAGGCAGAGCAGAAGAUGAAAGAGAGCAUCCUGGAGAAGUACAUGCUAGUGGACAGAGAGGAGGAUAAGAAAACACACAGGCCUGUUGCACCUAAAGAUGCCCCUAAGAAACUGGUGCGUUACCACAGCAACCAGGUGGUGACCACAAAAGGGGAGCGGUACCAACUGGUGAAGAAAGAGGAGACGGAGGAGGUGAAGAAAACUUACAUCAGCAUCAAACCCGCACGCAAAUCCAGAUUCCAUUGAUGACUGACUGGCACUCUUCUGGAACACCAGCCAUUGACUUGGUUGUUUUACAUCCUUUCUGAAUGCCUUGGUUUUUUUGUUUUCCUGGUUAUGGAAAAUGUUUGUUUUUGGUAUGUGUAAGUGUCUGAUUUGAAAAGUGUGUGGCCAUCGUCUUGCUUCGAAUAUAAUUUCUCCUUUGCAGUGA